UUGGCCACUGCCUGUCUGUCUAGGUGUUGGGGCGCAUACAGAUUUGGGAGGCUCUAGCGAGGGCGGUGGGUCUCAUCUUGUUACCAGAGAGGAAAUUACUUUUAACUAACUCCGCUUCAACCCCCCUUGGUUAGCUACUUUGUUGAUGCCGCGCGCGGCACGAGCAGAUGCACCAUCUCAGAACGCCAAACUGACACAGGAACAUUUUAACAGAAACUAAUUUCAUAGAGCAACAUUUUAGCCAGACUGUCUGUUCAUUACAUCGACAUAGACUACGUUUAUGAUGACAGACUCAGGUUCGGAACUGCUGAUGAACUACGGUCAGGAGACAUUACAGUUGAACAAGGAGUUGGAGCAAAUGGUAGAGACCAUGGAGAAUAUAUCAGUGCAGCUUAGUUGGAUGGCGUAUGACAUGGUGGUGCUGCGCACAGACCCAGGCCACGCCCAGGCUCUCCGUCAGCUGAAAGAGGCGCAUGACCUCUGUGAGGCAGUCGUGCACACCCAGCCCACCACCACCACCACCACCACAAUAUAGCCCUGCACUGGAGGACUAACACCACCACCACACUGUAGCCCUGCGCUGGAGGACUAACACCACCACCACCACACUGUAGCCCUGCACUGGAGGACUAACACCACCACCACACUGUAGCCAUGCACUGGAGGACUAACACCACCACUACCACCACCACCACACUGUAGCCCUGCAGUGGAGGACUGAGCUGGUGAUGUGCUGCACUCCGCUGCCCAGUCUGAAGUCCUGCUGUCGGUCUGCACAGGGGUUCAGCCCCAGGGCACAGUGCUGUUCAUUAAUAAAGUGUUUAAUGACACUCUGUUCAUUAAUUUAAGCAAUAA